AUGGCCCAAAAGAUAAUUAAUUUCUAUGCAAAUCAGCUUUCAGUAAACGUAACCUUAGUACUUGUAUUCAAGCCGCCACUUCCUUCUGCCCGUUCUCUAGUAUGGAGUAGAAGAACCAAUGUUUUUCCCGCUACCUGGUUGGAAAUCAAGGGGGAUUACACCACCGUAACAGGUAGUGAGAAGCAAAAAUAUCUUGGAAUCGGCUACUUCACGCCCUUUGAUUACGGCAAUUACGAUUACGACUAUGACAUUGAUCCGCCUGAUUGGGAUGAAGAUCAUGGACCUUCUAUGUGCAAGUGCGUUAAUCAGUGUAAUAGUUCAAUAGAUUUUCAGCUUGGUCUGGCUCAUGGAGAAGGGAUGAAUCAGCGCUUUGAGCCUAUCAUUCUCUGGAAGGAUAUUGUACCGAGUUGUACGGUCACUUUCAGUCCCAAGCUUAUUCUUUUAGGUUAUGCGAUCAAGAAUUACAAAGGAAAUGGGCCGUUAUUUGACAAAAUUGAGUCCGAGCCUACAUGGUCCCAAGACAUUUCGUUACUUGACGAUGAGACGAGCUGGAACCUUGUACAAGACAAAACUACAGGCACUAUGACCGUUGAACGGGCGGAUGUCAUCUAA